AUGCGCGGUGCCUCGCUCGCGCGUCGUCCGCUCGCGCGCGUCGUCGCCGCGCCUCGCUCGAGCGCGUCCCGCGCGCGGCGACCGCGACCGCGCGCCGCGACCGCGACCGCCGACGACGUCGAUCGCUGCGCCCUGGUGUGCGCGAGCAAGGAGUGCAAGCGAAAGGGCGCGCUGCGGACGCUCGAGACGCUGACGCGGCGCGCGAGCGAGCUCGAGCUCGGCGUCGCCGUGCGCGUGCAGACGACGCGGUGCCAGAGCGAGUGCGCGGACGGACCGAACGUGAAACUCCUGCCCGAGGGUCGCGUGCUGAACGGCGUGCGGACGACGGCGGAGGCGGACGAAGCGUUGGAGCGGUGCGCGACGUACGCGCCGGAAUGACGGCGACGACGGCGACGGCGGAGGCGAUAUGCGAGGCGCUCGGACGACGGGGAAGCGCGAGCGUCCGAGCGCGAUUGACGGCGUACAUGAAAGGGUCGACGCCGUUUUACGGGUGCACGACGCCGCAGACGCGGGCGUGCGUCGACGCGGUGGCGCCGAAGCCGACGAGGAAGCGCGCGCGAGGCGAGACGGAGGACGCUCGAGCGAUGACGACGCGGUUGGACGACGCCGUGGCGCUGUUGAGACACACGCACGGCGAAGCGAAGCAAGCGGGAGUGAUUUUAUUGUGCGAACGCGAACCGUUGAACGCGUUGGCGACGGUGGCGACGCUCGAUCGUCUCGAACGCGACGUGUUGCGCGGAAAAUCCGUCGUCGGCGACUGGGCCGUGGCGGACGCUUUAGCGACGAAGGUUUUGCGGAAGAUGUGGAAG